AUGGCAGCUAAAGAUUUAAUUUGUGGGGGAGUCAGGCGUAGGAUUGGAAAUGGCAAAUCAACAUUGAUUUGGGAUCACCCGUGGUUGCAUGAUGAAAAUCAGCCAGGAAUUAUAACAGAAAAACCGCCACAAUUGGCACAGGCAAAAGUGGUGGGUUUGAUGGAUCAACAGACUGGAACCUGGGAUCCAGAAAUUUUAACAGACAUUUUUGUGCCCCAGGAUGUGGAACAGAUUUUAAAAAUACCUGUGUCUCCUGAUUAUGAAGAUAUGUGGUACUGGUAUGGAGACCCAAGAGGGGAGUAUUCUGUUAAGGAAGGGUACAAAGCAGUAAUAGGCGACUACUCCCAGACGGCUGGAACGUUUGAUAAGUGGAAAAAAUUAUGGAGCCUAAAAGUCCCCCCAAAGUGGAAGACGUUCUUAUGGAGAGCUCUAAAUGAUAUAUUACCCACUACUGAGAACUUACUUAUAAGGAGGGUAGAUAUUGAUCCAACUUGUGCAAUGUGUGGAGUUGAGCAUGAGAAUCUUGUGCAUUCUUUAAUCACAUGUGAUGAUGAUGGGAUUAUUUAUGCAGUGGUCCUCUUAUAUUACAUAUGGCGAACAAGAAAUGGAGCUGUUUGGGAAGCGAAUUUACCCAGACCCUGCAAGGUAGUAGCAAUGGCCACAUCAUCCUUGAAUGCUUGGAAGAGUGUGCAUCCCAUCCGGCACAUGCCGCAAGCCAAUUCCACGGUGUCACCAAGCCGUGGCGCGCCACCUGUGCACAACCGAACUGCAGCAAUGAUACGCACGCCGGGGGGACAAGCUGCAUCCAUGCUGCCACAACCGCAACCACCUGCGCCAAUGAUAAUGCACCAUGCUAUGCAGGACGCGAGGGAUCAAUGUUACUUCGAUGCGGCUUACGACCCGCAAACAAACAAAGCAACGAUGGGGGCUAUUAUUCUGGAUUCACAGGGAGGAUAUGUAUCGGCUAUGACUACGCCUAUCAUAGACUGUUUCUCACCCUUAAUGGCGGAGGCAGUUGCAUGCAAGGAAGUUUUAUCAUGGUUAAGAAAUCAAGGAGUACGAUCAAUCGACCUCUACACAGAUUGUUUGGUGCUCCAACAAUAUCUCUCGUCUACAACAUGA